CGCAAUAUACGCGUAGGUCGUACGUCAAAAUCGCACUCUAGCCGUCCCAAAUCGUCAGUACACGCCCUUGUACACCAUGUCCGUAACAACGACCGCCAACGCGCAGACAUACAACCUUCGCGCUGUCCUCGCAGACUAUGAUCUCCAUCACACCCCUGAGACUGACCCCCUCGAUACUACGUUGAAUGUGCACCCUUCACCAAAUUCGCCAUUGUCUCACAGCAACCCAGCAGACUGGCCCACAAAUGAGCGACGCGUGCCGCCAUACCGACCCAUAAACACCGAGUUGGAUCAAACGCAAAGAAGAGUGUAUCAGAACGGGGUGGAGAGGGCGUUUGUAGCAGUCAUGUUCUCUGGUGUGUUUCUUGAGUCGACCGCAAGUAAACUGUGGAGAAAUACAUUCGGACGAUUUUGGAAUGUUGGGUAUAACAUCGGCGGAGAGUGGUGAUGAAUACAUUCAUUAGCGAGCGUCUGGGAAAAACUAGAAAUUUGAACAUUUGCACUGGACGGGACUGCCUUUUUUGUUCAUGGC